ACCCAGCGUGUGCAUGUCUAGGUUGAGCUUGUUUCGCUAUUUACAAGCGUCUCUAUCGCCUAAAUUCCUGUGUUGGGAUCAGUACGUCGCAUAUCCCGUUUGUUUGGCUUAUUAGCACUUACUUACAAAGAAGACAACACGGAAACGCUUUUCUGCCGAGUGGUCUGCGUGGAGAGGGAAAAUGACCUUACCCGACAAAGAACUGUCGGACAUGUUUCGGCUCAACGCGUCACUGAUGUUUAAAGAAAGCUGCCCAGAGGCGUCGCGAUUUUUCCUCAAGCAGCAUCUCACAUGCAUGGCGACACAAAAGGACAACUCAUUCCCUGCGUUGGACAAAACCGCCGCGUGUGAGCACUGCUACCAGUGGCUGCGGCCCGACAACCACCGCGUGAGGCUGCGGCCCAAGAGGCGGCCAUCUUUGAGGGUGCAGAGGGUCCUACGCAGGAGAGCCAGGGGGAAAACGCUGAGCCUGGUGCAGAGACGUCUGCUGAACCGCUUCCAGAAGUCAACCUCAGUCCUGAUGGCCACCUGCCACACUUGCAAUAAGACGUCCAGGCACAGAGGCAUGAACCGAGAGUUCUUGUCCACUUUGGCAAAGACCCGCAGCACUCCGGGGAGCGGCGGCAAGCACAACAAGACCCCGCAGUCGGCCAACAGAGCUGCCGCCACCAUGGCCAAGAGCCCCGGCAAAGACAAGACCCCCAGCCGCACUCCCAGGUCGUCCACUUCUUCCAGCACGCCUGGAUCAGCCUCCUCCUCCUCCAAGACCCCCUCCAAAGCCAAAAACUGGGUGGUGCAGCGUCUCAGCAAGAUCCUCGUGCGGGAGGACAAGCCCAGCAACAAGAAGGGGAGCUUGAAGGAUUUCCUCUCCUCACUUUGAGUCGCAUCUUUUGCAUACGUCUUCUCUUGCUAAUAAGAGUUUACAUACAGGAACCUACUUUUGGGUUCUGGAGGCAGCGUGGGAGAGGCUUCAUUGUGCCCACCAGCUCGGCUGUACAGUAAGCCUCAACGCAGCAACCUCAGGUUUGUCUUCAGACUGCAUCCUCCACAGAGCAAACGCCAUUGUUGCAUCUUGUGCGCCCUUAAAGGGGAUGUGCAUGUGGAUUGUUGGAGGAAUUGUUGAGUAUUCAUCUCUACCGCUGUAUGGUGUUACGUGGGAGCGGCUCAACAUGCUAAUAUGUAAAUAGAACAUUUCUGUUUCUUUCUUUCUUGACUUUUUGGCAGAAUUUGUAAAGUUAGCAAAUUCGCAUUGCUUGAUAUUGUUGUUUCAUCAAGGAGGUACUGUCUACUUAUGUUUGUGAAGAAAUAACUUGUGUUGUGUAUAUUUUCAUUUGUUUUUUGUUUUAUUUGACAUAAAAUGUGGAAAUAAGGGUCACUGCCAACACUUUAAUGUUUAUUUUUUUUUAUUUGUAUUUUCAUUGUAAAUGACACAGAUUUCCAAAAUUACCUUUUUAGUAUAUACAGUAUUUAAGGUAGUUGAAUGCGAAGCGCUUUUUUUGUUAUAACAAGCACACAAUGCUGCAGGAUUUUUCUUUCUCAAAGUUAGCUCCCUUUUUGUUGGUUUUGCCAGUAUCAUUGCAUGAACAUGUGAAUGAUGUCCAAUGGAGAUGUUUGUCAUUUGUCUACCUGUCUUUGGACAACGUAUUUUUUGUAAUAAAUAUAUGACAAUCCAAAUAUAUGUGCUGCUUUUUCUACGGUCUUUUCCUCCUUGAUCGCACAGUGAUGUAUCAUGCUUAAAUACCUCAGAUUUCUACUUUAUGUGAAAUAAAACCU